UCAGAGUAUCCUCUUGAAAUUGUCAUAAUCUUUGGUUUGCUUAACUAUCCAAGAUGGCGGCGCUUGUGGGGCUGCGUGCCUGUUUCUCUGGCCUUCAGCUUACUUCUCCAAGCCUUCUGCACAGCUCGUUCAAACUCUGUGCUGUGCCUCUGAGUCGGCGGACCUUCGCGGCUGAGGCCAAGAAGACGUACAGCAGAGAGAAGCCUCACGUGAACAUCGGAACCAUCGGCCACGUCGAUCACGGCAAAACCACCCUCACCGCGGCCAUCACAAAAGUGCUCGCUGAUGCUGGUGGUGCAAAUUACAAAAAAUAUGAGGACAUUGACAAUGCUCCAGAGGAAAAGGCCAGAGGAAUUACCAUCAACGCCUCUCAUGUGGAGUACACGACAGCCAACAGACAUUACGCCCACACAGACUGCCCCGGCCACGCUGAUUACGUCAAGAACAUGAUCACGGGCACAGCCCAGAUGGACGGCUGCAUCCUGGUGGUGGCGGCCACCGACGGCCAGAUGCCUCAGACGCGGGAGCACCUCCUGCUGGCCAGGCAAAUCGGCGUUGAGCACGUGGUGGUUUUCAUCAACAAGGCCGACGCCGUGGAGGACCGGGAGAUGCUGGACCUGGUGGAGAUCGAGAUCCGCGAGUUGCUCACAGAGUUCGGCUACGACGGCGAGAACACUCCCGUUGUGAUCGGCUCGGCUCUCUGCGCCCUGGAGAACAAGCGGCCUGAACUGGGAGAAAACGCGGUGAUGAAACUCCUGGAGAUUGUGGAUUCCUACGUUCCUCUGCCCAAAAGAGAGCUGGAAAAGCCUUUCCUCCUGCCCAUCGAAGGGGUUUAUUCUAUCCCAGGCAGAGGGACCGUCGUGACCGGGACGUUGGAGAGAGGCCUGAUUAAGAAAGGAGACGACUGUGAGUUUGUAGGUCACAACCGUUCCUUCAAGACUGUGGUUACAGGUAUCGAGAUGUUCCACAAGUCUCUGGACCGGGCCGAGGCCGGAGAUAACCUGGGCGCUCUGGUUCGAGGCCUGAAGAGGGAAGACGUGAGGAGAGGGAUGGUGAUGUGUAAGCCGGGGUCCAUCAUGCCGCACCAGAAGGUCAAAGCACAGGUUUAUGUUCUGAGUAAGGAGGAGGGAGGCCGACACAAGCCAUUUGUCACCAACUUCAUGCCCGUCAUGUUUUCCUUCACCUGGGACAUGGCCUGUAGGGUCACUCUACCUGGAGACAAGGAAAUGGUGAUGCCAGGAGAGGACACGUCGUUGACGCUGACGCUUCGCCAGCCCAUGGUGCUGGAGACAGGCCAGAGGUUCACUCUGAGAGACGGAAACAGAACCAUCGGUACCGGCCUGGUCACAGAAAUCCUGACCAUGACUGAUGAAGAUCAGUGCAACUGGGGCUGAAGGGGGGGAAAUCCGCAGAGAUGGCUGGACGGGGCUGGGAACGUAAGAGCUCAACGUGAUACUGUAGGGUGGGGAGGAGGGAGGGAUCUGUUCGUGGGACGGCUGGGAGUUUGUCAAAUCGGACGAAUUUAUUCAACAGAAACACAGAAAACUGAAAUAAAAGCUGAGAUAACACAGAAACGCAAGCAUGUGUUAAGCAGUUCCUCUCAACCAAAAUACCUAUAAUGUGCAACUUAGACUUUGUGUUGGUCAAAAUUGUCAUUUGUGUAAUAAAAUGUAUUUAAUAAUAAAA